ACGUGCUAUCAGAUUCAGAUUGCGUAUUCGACCAUUACAAAAGGCAUAUCGUGAUAAAAUAUUCUAACCGCGUUUCCACACCAACCAUAACGCCUUCAGGCACCCAUACACUAACACCCAAUUCGCCCGUUCUCGAUAGUAAUACGAACAUCCAAGAUCUUUAAUCCGACGUCUGCCGAAUUCCCCUGGUGGAUAUUCAUUAUGGCCAACAACGAAUUUAUGGAUCCUACCCCCGCUAACCUUAGGCUUCCCGAUUCUCUUGAUGACGUCCGAGUUACAAGUCUACCACAAGCCGCCUACUACAUCUCGGAUUUCAUCACACAAGAGGAAGAGCAAGCGAUUCUUGACAAAAUAGCAUCCGCACCGAAACCACGUUGGAAGCAAUUAUCCCAUCGCCGCCUGCAAACCUGGCCGUCCGAUCUUGUGAAUAAUAAGUUGAUGGAUGCUCCCUUGCCAACUUGGUUGAGUGAUCCGAUUGUGCCGCGUCUGAAAUCGACCCGACUCUCACGAGGACCCGAUUCGCCCGAUAUAUUUUCUGAUAGUCCCCACCAGAAACCGAACCAUGUUCUGAUCAAUGAAUACCCUCCCGGCAUCGGCAUAAUGCCUCACAAGGACGGGGCUGCGUAUCAUCCUGUCGUGUGUACUGUGAGCCUCGGUGCUAGUCUCUGCCUCAACAUCUACAAAUCCAAGGACGACGGCGCCCUAGAUCCCAACCCAGCAUGGAGAAUAUUGCAAGAGCCUCGAAGCCUACUCAUCACUACCUCCGAUCUUUACACGGAUUUUCUCCAUGGUAUCGAAGAUAUCACGGAAGAUAUUGAGCUCUCUAAUAGUACGAUUGCCAAUUGGGAACUCCUACAGUCACCUGAAGAAUUUGCAAAUGGUUGCAACGUACGAAAGACGCGUACCAGCCUAACGUAUCGAGACGUGAUGAAAGUAUCCAAGCUGGGAGGCAAGCUUGGAUUUCUGCAGAAAAAUUGAUAUGCCCAGACGGGUUCGGUUUCAAAAUAUACCUGGUAUCAUUUUCCAUUUCCCUCGGACCCUUUCGUGGCCGAAUUUCUCACUAUACCACUUCUUGGUUCCGUUUGCAGUAACACCAAGAUUGACUGCGACAAAUAGCACAGCACAUAUCAACGUCCUGUUGUACAGUUGACCCACGGGUGCUGCUAUCAACGCUAGAGAAAGAUAUAAU